GACCGCGGACAACUUGUCCUCCUCCUCAAACUUCAAUUCACUUACAGUCCCAAAACCAAUCGCUUUGAACACGUUAUUUACUCAACACCAUUAACACAAUGGCUGAUCAAUUGACUGAAGAACAAAUUUCCGAGUUCAGGGAGGCGUUCUCGCUAUUCGACAAGGACGGCGAUGGCACUAUCAACGUCGAAGAGAUCGGAAUCGUCAUGCGUUCGCUAGGCCAAAACCCUUCUGAAACUGAGCUCAGAGACAUGAUCAACGAGGUCGACGCAGACGGAGACGGGACGAUCGACUUUGACGAGUUUCUAAUCAUGAUGUCGCGCAAGUCGGACGCAGACGAGGAGAUUAAGGAAGCUUUCAAAGUCUUUGACAAAGAUGGUAGCGGAACCAUCAACCCGGAUGAGUUGAAACAAGUUAUGGCAAGCCUCGGCGAGAAGCUCUCUGACACCGAAGUCGACGAGAUGAUGAGGGAAGCAGACAUCGAUGGUAGUGGAACGAUCAGCUACGAGGAGUUUGCCAAGAUGAUGCUUUCAAAGUGAUUGCCAGCUUUAGCACCGUUAGGGUGUGUUUUCAUAUUAUGCCUGGGUCUCGUUGUUUUAUCGAUUUUCUCGUCGGUUGUACAUAUGCAUAUCGGAUAUCUCUCUACUUGUUGCAUCCCUAAAGCAGUAAGUACGAGGCCAGAGACAAAUCCAUGAGACGUACGAGACGAUGUCUCUGGUAGCACGAACUUGCAAGGAGUUAUUAUUCUACAUCCCAAACUUCGUAGCGUCCUUGGCCAUUGUCAUUCCGGAAUGGGUGGGGGGUGAGAUCUUGAGAAGGUGUUCCCUAGCGUAGCGAAUAUACAACGUCGGUGCAU